AUGGGUGCCGACGAGAAGACGCGCGUUUCCGGUGAGGUGACGCGGGAACAGGACUCCCCCGUCCUGCCCACUGUGAACCCCGACGCGCAAAAGUCGGAGCCGGCAAAGGCUUCCAUUCAUCCAGCGCUCUACGUCAUUGUCUGGAUCAGCCUGAGCUCCUCGGUCAUUCUCUUCAACAAAUGGAUUCUGGACACAUUGGAGUUCCACUACCCUGUAAUUCUCACGACUUACCACUUGAGCUUUGCGACGCUCAUGACGCAAAUCAUGGCCAGGUACACCACGCUUCUCGACGGGCGCAAGACUGUUAAGAUGACAGGCCGGGUCUACCUGAGGGCAAUCGUCCCAAUCGGUCUCAUGUUCAGCUUGAGUCUGAUCUGCGGAAACCUGACCUACCUAUACUUGUCGGUCGCCUUCAUCCAGAUGCUCAAGGCCACCACCCCCGUCGCUGUUCUGCUCUGCAGCUGGUCCAUGGGUAUCAGCCAGCCCAGCCUGAAGGUCUUCCUGAACGUAUCCGCCAUCGUCGUCGGUGUCAUCAUCGCCUCCCUCGGCGAGAUCAAGUUCGUCAUGAUUGGUUUCCUGCUCCAGAUUGCAGGUAUCAUCUUCGAGGCCAUGCGCCUUACCAUGGUCCAGCGCCUCCUGAGCUCUGCAGAGUACAAGAUGGACCCUCUGGUCUCGCUCUACUACUUUGCCCCGGUGUGUGCCGUCAUGAACUUCCUGGUCGCCAUCUUCUGGGAGGUUCCCAAGGUGUCCAUGGAAGAGGUCUACCACGUCGGUCUCUUCACAUUCUUCCUGAACGGAUUGGUUGCCUUCCUGCUCAACGUGUCUGUCGUGUUCCUGAUUGGCAAGACCUCCUCGUUGGUCCUCACUCUUUGCGGUGUCCUCAAGGACAUCCUGCUUGUGUGCGCCUCUAUUGCCAUCUGGGGUACCCAAGUCACUGGUCUUCAGUUCUUCGGCUACAGCAUUGCUCUCGGCGGCAUGGUCUACUACAAGCUGGGAUACGAGCAGCUCAAGGGAUACGCGGACGAGGCUGGUCGCCAGUGGGCCGAGUUCGGAAACAACCGCCCUGUGCUCCGCAAGCUCAUUGUCAUUGCGUCUGCGGUCGCUUUGAUCUUCGUGCUGUUUGGCGGCCUGGCCCCAACAUACGCUCCUGAGUACAUCCCCGAGGUCCCCAGCGCCAAGGAGAUCUGGGGCGCGGCUGCCAACAAGGUGAGCUCUCUGGGCUCAUAA